GCUAAUUGCCCAAAGUAUUGUUGUGCAUUCUCUCUUUUCCACUCACUAAUUUGCAGAUACCUACAACAGUCAAGUCGAGGUUUCAGAUGAAUGCUAAUAUUCGAAAGUUCCGAAAUCUUUCAACUGCUUUGGAUCAUAGUUUCAAGUCAAGAUGGCUCUUGCAUCACUAUUGCCUCCUGCACCAUGGUCCAGACACUAUGGAGGAACUAUUGGAUAGACAUGUGGUCAAAAAGGAGAAGAACCUUGAUGAUGACGAGAACGAGCUCCUAAAUAGACAACGACUCACUAGCAGUCGACGCGAGGCUCUAAGUCUCUACCGAGAUGUCAUCCGCGCAACCCGCUUCUUCAUGUGGGCCAACUCUCAAGGCAUUCCCUGGCGGGAUGUUCUUAGAGAAAAUGUCCGAAAAGAGUUCGAGGAGGCACAAUUUGAGAGAGAUCCAGAGGUCAUCACCAGGUUGCUUAUUGGAGGUCGGGAUGCUCUGGAAGCUGCUUUGGAUAAACUUGCUGAGAAACAAAAGCAAGAAAUUGAAAAGCAACGCGGCAAUUCAAAUGCUCCUUGAUAUUCUGGUGUUAUGAAAUGUAUAGUGAUAGUUCAAGAACCAUAACAAGUGAAUCUCUUCUGCCAACCCAAAUUCUCCAAGCGUAACUCGCUUCCCAGUUCCCACCACUCUGAAUGAACACAUUGUCGUGAUGUCUCGAUGGACGAUCUUAGGGCUCUGACAAUGAAGAAAGUUCAAACCUUCCAGACUCUGCCUGCCUCUGACAAUGAAGAAAAUUCAAAUCUUCAAGAAUCUUCCUGCCCCAAUUUUUGUUACUCGCCAAAUCAAUAGCAACGCCAUUAUCGUACUUUGACCAAUACUUUUUCAAGCUGCCUGAGGGGAAUGACUCUGUGAUCAUGUAGAGAGUUUUGGACUUGGGACCGAACUAAUAAGAGAAGCAUUUCAUAACCUUUUCAUGGUUAAACAACUUCAACAGAAUAGCUUCAGCGAAGAAUUUGUCAGUUUCUUUUUUUAAUGCUUCAUCAUAUUCUCUGCAAAAAACAUUUGUUUCCCACUCAAUUUCAAUUUCCUCUCGUGGGAUUUCACACAAUAUGUUGUUGUAGUAGUUAUACCAAUGUACACUUCUUUGGAA